AUGGCUGGAUUGUCCGGCAGAAGAACUUGGGAGCCUACUCCUUCGCUAGGGGGCUUGCAAGAACCCGUCGCUUUCUUGUGUUUCCUGGCACUGCAGGAUUCCAAAGCUGCCUAUUCCACAGGCUCAGGACUGCAGCUGCAGUCUCGGCAGAAGAGUCCGGUGAGAUUCCAGGACGUGGCUGUCUAUUUCUCCAGGGAUGAGUGGGCUCUGCUACAUCCAGGUCAGAGAUCUCUGUACAGGGAAGUCAUGCUGGAGAAUUAUAGGAACAUGGCCUCUCUGGGACUUGCCUUCCCCAAGCCUGACCUCAUCUCCUGGCUAGAAGAAAAGAAAGAUCCUUUUCUCCAAGGUCCCGAAGAAGGAGGUGAUAGACAGGAGAAAAAUGAUGGGAAGUCACGUGGAGUGCCAUUGGAAAGAGCGAAGAGUGGAGAGACUUUCAGAAGAAAAGUCUAUAGCAGGAGCCAGGAAGAGAACCAAGCAAAGAGUUGGAGGGAUAAAUCCACUGGUUACCUGAAAGAUGAAUUCCUGACUCAACAAGAGUAUCACGCAGGAAGCAAACUAUUCGUUUGUCUUUUCUGUGGAAGAAUGUUUAGCUGUAAAUCGAAGUUGAAUACGCAUCAGAGAAUGCACACAGGUGAGAAACCUUACGGGUGCUCAGCAUGCGGAAGACGCUUCAGUCAGAGCUCAAAUCUCACUUCUCAUCAAAGAAUGCACAGCGGGGAGAAACCUUUUCAGUGUCCGGAUUGUGGAAACAGCUUUCGACACAAGUCGAGCCUUGUUUCCCAUCAAAGAAUCCAUACAGGGGAGCGAAGGUAUAAAUGUGCAGAUUGUGGAAAGGCCUUCGUAUGGCGCACAAGCCUCACUUCGCACCAGAGAAUCCACAAGGGGGAGAAACCGUACUGGUGCCCAGAGUGCGGAAAGAGGUUCCACCAGAGCUCCCACCUUGCUGGGCAUCAACGAAUCCACACAGGGGAGAAACCAUAUCAGUGCUCGGAGUGUGAGAAGAGCUUCACGCUGAAGGCAAACCUCAGUAGGCAUCACAGAACCCACCUGCAGAGAAAACCGUAAA